AUGCAGGGAACGGAUCCAGCAAAGUCUUUUUUAGAAAAGCUGAAAUUUGGUGGGGCUGCUGCCGCAUCCGUUGACAAUAACUCUCCACCAAAUAGUGAAGGGAUAAUUGUGCGACUCCUUGAAAGACAGUAUGCAAGCGAGCCGUUAUCAGCUCUAGGACUUAAGCUUAAUGACGACGCAGAAGUUGUCUCUACAGAGCCAAAUUCUCCAGCAGCAAAGGCGAAUAUACCUCCUCAAUACAUGAUUAUUUAUGUAAAUAAUCAAUUUGUCGGGAGUCGCGCCGAUUUUGAAGAAAUUGCAUCACAACAUCUUACACUUAUAAUCAAACUUCAAACGACAACUGCUAUGUCAGAAUUACUAGCUAAAAUGCUAGAUGAAGAAGAAAAAAGAGAAAAUGGACAGGCGAGUAUGCCUAUUGAUACAAACGAACUUUUGCGAACAACUCCAAGGUAUGGUUUUUUGUCUGCAGAACAUCCUAUGUUUCUUAGGUGGAAUCACCGAAUUCAAACUCAACGCGAGGCCAGACAACUUCUUCGUCAGGCAGCUCGUGACGCAGAGGAGCAACAGGCAAAGGAAGCCCUUGAGAGGAUAAGACAGGAGAUGGAAGAAGAAGAAAUGAAACAACGACAGUUGGAACAACAGAAACAACAAGAGAAGCAAGAACAAGAAAAGAAAAUUGUAAAUAUAGAAAAAGUUAUUCCAAACGCUAUUCCAAACUAUGAGAAUGAAUUUCAUUUAAAACGAGUACAAGAUGAGAGUUCAUUUGGUCGUUUUGACGAAGUUACAGAGGUAACUGAUGGAUUAAAUGGUGAAGCAUCAGCAGAGGAAUUAUUAAAACUUAUUGGGGCCAAACCAAAAGAAGAAAUUCCUGCACCAGUUGCAGUCCCCGAAGAGGAUGGUGAGGUUCGUUUUUUAAUUUGUCCAACUGAAGAAUAUACACUUUCUAAUGGGAUGCAUGUAACUAUCAGUCUCAAACAAAGAAUUGGACCCUUACCAAAACCACCUCCUGGAAAACCGCCAAAAGGUAUUCUAGGAUUGCAAGUAAAUACUAAAAGUAAUCCUGUGAAUUCUACUGUUAGCAACAACAAUGAAAAAAUAUGCUCUUUUUGUUAUAUCCGUGGUCAUACAGAGGAUGAAUGUGUAGAAAAAAAAGAGCAAGAGAGAAAACUAGCGUUGACCCGUAAAGAACGUCAAGUUUGCCGUGACUAUUUAAGAGGUCGGUGCACAAGAACAGAGUGUGUGAUGAGGCACGUUUCACAGCGUAGUCGAAGCCGAAGUCCUCGUUCCCGAAAAAGAGAUCGGGAUAGAAAUCAUAGAAGUCGAGAAAGGCGCCGACGUGGGGAAAGCCGCUCGCGACGUCAUGAUAGUCGUCGUAGAAGCCGACGAAGUGAAUCCUCAGAGCGUUAUCGUCGUCGAAGAUGA